GCGCGGGGCGGCCGCCUGCUCGCUGCGCGCCGUCUGCUCCUUCCUCUUUUUCUCCGCGCACGUCCGGAUCCGUGUCCCCAGCCGCUCCUGCCAUGGCCGCGUUCACCCAGAACCCGCAGUUCCAGAAGCUGCGGGAGUGGCAUCGCGAGCACGGCGCUGAGCUCAACUUGCGCCGCCUUUUCGAAGGGGACAAGGAGCGCUUCAGCCGCUUCAGCUUGACCCUCAACACCAACCAUGGACACAUUCUGGUGGAUUACUCCAAGAACCUUGUGACAGAGAGUGUGAUGCAGAUGCUGGUGGACCUGGCCAAGUCCAGGGGCGUGGAGGCCGCUCGGGAGCGCAUGUUCAGUGGUGAGAAGAUCAACUUCACCGAGAAUCGGGCAGUGCUGCACGUGGCUCUGCGGAACCGGUCAAACACACCCAUUCUGGUGGAUGGCAAGGAUGUGAUGCCAGAGGUCAACAAGGUCCUGGAGAAGAUGAAGUCGUUCUGCCAGCAAGUCCGAAACGGCGACUGGAAGGGGUACACGGGCAAGCCCAUCACGGACGUCAUCAACAUUGGCAUCGGCGGCUCUGAUCUGGGACCUCUCAUGGUGACUGAAGCCCUCAAGCCAUACUCUUCAGGAGGUCCCCGGGUCUGGUUUGUCUCUAACAUCGAUGGGACCCACAUUGCCAAAACCCUGGCCUCGCUGAACCCUGAGUCCUGCCUCUUCAUCAUCGCCUCCAAGACGUUCACCACCCAGGAGACCAUCACGAACGCGGAGACGGCAAAGGAGUGGUUGCUUCUGUCGGCCAAGGAUCCUUCUGCAGUUGCGAAGCACUUUGUUGCCCUGUCCACCAACACAACCAAGGUGAAGGAGUUCGGAAUCGACCCUAAAAACAUGUUUGAAUUCUGGGAUUGGGUAGGAGGACGCUACUCGCUGUGGUCCGCCAUUGGACUCUCCAUUGCCCUGCACGUCGGAUUUGACAACUUUGAGCAGCUGCUCUCAGGGGCUCACUGGAUGGACCAGCACUUCCGCACGACGCCCCUGGAGAAGAACGCGCCCGUCCUGCUGGCUUUACUGGGUAUCUGGUACAUCAACUGCUUUGGGUGUGAGACGCAGGCCAUGCUCCCCUAUGACCAGUACCUGCACCGCUUUGCUGCCUACUUCCAGCAGGGUGACAUGGAGUCCAAUGGGAAGUACAUCACCAAGUCCGGCAUCCGUGUGGACCACCAGACAGGCCCCAUUGUGUGGGGGGAGCCAGGAACCAAUGGCCAGCAUGCCUUCUACCAGCUCAUCCACCAAGGCACCAAGAUGAUACCCUGUGACUUCCUCAUCCCGGUCCAGACCCAGCAUCCGAUAAGGAAGGGUUUGCAUCACAAGAUCCUCCUGGCCAACUUCUUGGCCCAAACUGAGGCCCUGAUGAGGGGGAAGUCAACAGAGGAGGCUCGGAAGGAGCUCCAGGCUGCGGGAAAGAGUCCGGAGGACAUAGAGAAGCUGUUGCCACACAAGGUCUUUGAAGGAAAUCGCCCAACCAACUCAAUUGUGUUCACGAAGCUCACGCCAUUCAUUCUUGGAAGCUUGAUUGCCAUGUACGAGCACAAGAUCUUCGUUCAGGGUGUCAUCUGGGACAUCAACAGCUUUGACCAGUGGGGAGUGGAGCUGGGAAAGCAGCUGGCUAAAAAAAUUGAGCCUGAGCUUGAUGGCAGCAGCGCAGUAACCUCUCACGAUUCUUCCACCAAUGGGCUGAUCAACUUCAUCAAGAAGGAGCGUGAGGCCAAAAGCCAAUAAACUCAUGGGUGGCUGCGGUCCCUGUUGUGACUGUCCUUUUUGUCCCUCCUCACCAGAGUCUGCACUGCUUGGUCCUGCCCAGAGCACAGUCUGGUUGCGGGCUCGGACCACAAGCCCUCUGGAGGAAGCUGGUCUGGAAUUGCCACUCCUUCCAUGCCCACACUCCCUCUGUUGUACAAUUAGCUGAAGUGAUUAAGUGCAGCUGAUUUUUCUGACCCAUGUUCACACUGUCCAUAUAUCAGUUACAAAAAUAAAGAUGCCACAAAGGAA